CCACCAAGAAAGCCCGAGCCAACCGAGUUACCUGUUGCUAUUUUCAUUGCUUAUUUUCCAUCUUUGCUAGUUUCCUGGUUCUUCAUACUGUACCUCCAUUGUGUUUUGUCAACAGAAUCAAGUGAUUGUAAGAAGCAGAGUAGCCUAUCGAUCAGCCAAUCUAUACGAUCGAAUGCCCGAGAUCAGGUAAACAAUGGAGCGGCGUGCGGCUGCACUCAGGUGAAGAGCUCCAGCCUGUCAUCGCACUGAAAAUGGCCAGAAGGGAGGGAGGAGUUUAAACAAAGGCCCUCUCCAUAAAAAAAAAAAAAAAAAAUCAGGCUUGUUCAGAGUAGCCACGGCUGGUGCUUUGCUUCAACCUCUACGUGAUCCUAUUCCUUCCUGCAGAGGCAAAAGAAAAGGCAACUUCUACUACGACCUGCUGUUGGAAACAGCUUACUUGUGGUUUCGCUGCCCCUGCCUGCUCUGAACAAAGAUAAUUACUCAGGAAACAUUUCGACCAAUCACAUGCUGCGUAUCUUCUUGCCUGCGCGGAGAGCAACCAGUCAGGAUCGGGCUAACAACACUGGGGCCUGAUCGCCUUGCUUGAAGAGCGGAGCCUUCCCCGGCUGAGGGCUGAGAGUGUCCUCCAUGUUUUUUAAGUGUUGACAUAACAGUGUGUCAGGCAGCCAUGCAUCCACAGAGUCUGGCUGAGGAAGAGAUAAAGACAGAGCCGGAUGUGGUAGAAGGGAUGGAGGCAACGGCACGGUCUAAAGCCCCUGAUCCACCAGGGUCAGCAGAACGCUCCCUUGUACCACAAAAGAGGAAGAUCUCCAGUCCCACCCACUCGUCCAAUGGCCACUCUCCAACUGACACCUCCUCCAGUCCACUCAAGAAAAAAAAGAAACCUGGAGCUAUGAACUCUAGCAAAGACCAGUCAGAGCUAAGACAUGGUCCCUUUUACUAUAUGAAGCAGCCAGCACUCACCACAGACCCUGUUGAUGUUGUACCGCAGGACGGCAGGAAUGACUUCUACUGCUGGCUGUGCCACCGCGAGGGCCAGGUGCUCUGCUGUGAGCUCUGCCCCAGGGUGUACCACGCCAAGUGCCUCAAACUACCAGCUGAGCCUGAGGGCGACUGGUUCUGUCCUGAGUGUGAGAAAAUAACAGUUGCCGAAUGCAUUGAAACACAGAGCAAAGCGAUGACCAUGUUGAAUAUAGACCAGCUCUCUUACUUACUCAAAUUUGCACUCCAAAAGAUCAAGCAGCCUGGGACAGAGCCCUUUCAGAAACCUGUGUCCUUGGAACAGCAUCCUGACUAUGCUGAGUACAUUUUUCACCCCAUGGACUUGUCGACUUUAGAGAAGAAUAUCAAGAAGAAAAUGUACGGCUGCACUGAAGCCUUUCUUGCUGAUAUGAAGUGGAUCUUACAUAACUGCAUCAUUUAUAACGGAGGCAAUCAUAAAUUAACAGCAACAGCAAAAGUCAUUGUCAAGAUAUGUGAGCACGAGAUGAAUGAGAUUGAAGUAUGCCCUGAGUGCUACCUGUCUUCCUGUCAAAAAAGGGACAACUGGUUCUGUGAGCCAUGUAGUCAGCCGCAUACAUUGGUCUGGGCUAAACUCAAAGGUUUUCCCUUCUGGCCAGCAAAAGCUCUUCGGGAAAAGGAUGGGCAGGUUGAUGCACGUUUUUUUGGACAACAUGACAGAGCUUGGGUGCCCAUCAACAACUGCUACCUAAUGUCCAAAGAGAUCCCUUUCUCCGUAAAGAAGACAAAGAGCAUUUUCAACAGUGCCAUGCAAGAAAUGGAAGUUUAUGUAGAAAACAUUCGUAAGAAAUUUGGAGUUUUUAACUACGCGCCAUUUCGAACUCCUUACACGCCCAACAACCAGCUCCAAAUGUUGCUGGAUCCUUCGAACCCCAGCGCCGGUACAGUCAAAACCGAGAAACCCGAUAAACUGCGCUUUAACUUUGAUUUAACCGCAUCUCCAAAGAUGGUUCUUAGUAAGAGUUCCACAACCGGUGGGAUGAAUCGGAGGGUCUCCAUGACGGAUAUGCCUCGGUCCCCGAUGAGUACAAACUCUUCGGUUCACACGGGGUCAGACGGAGAGCAGGAUACAGAAAAGCCCAGUAGAAAUUCUGCUUUACACUACAGUACCGGAGAGGAAUCCAUGGACUGUACCGCAUCGCCUGUCUCGGGAAAGGUUGGUCCAGCAGGUAGCUUGACGGGCAGCCCAAAGCCACUCAAUCCGAGCUUGGUGCCCAAGCAGGAGAGGCCGGCAUCCACGGGUGGCAUCCUCAAUCUCAACUUGGAUCGAGUGAAAGCCGAGAUGGAUCUGAGAGAGUUGAGUGAGAGUGUGCAGCAGCAACAGCAACAGCAGCAGCAGCAAUUGGGGUCAGCCGCCCUCCCCACGCCAAAGAGACCCACCAGGAGUCUCGACAAGACUAUUGAAAGCUGCAAGGCCCAACUUGGGAUAGAUGAAAUUUCUGAAGACGUAUAUAAAGGUGUGGAUCAUAGUGACACUGACGACUCUGAGAAAUCUGACUCCAGCGAAAGCGAGGAUGCCAGCGACGAGGAGCACAAGCCAAAAAGCUCUGUACAGGAUGAAAAGGGCAAAGCGGAUCGAAAGCGGCCCCGAGCAAAUGCAGAAGCAGAGAAUAAGGACUCAGUUGGAGGGAUGGUGGAAAAGUCCACCUCUGCAACCCAGCUCAAAGAGAAACCGGGCAGCAACGGACAAGAAGAGGCCCUUCAAGAAAAGCCCCGAAUGACCCAGUCUCAGCCGCUCCCUGACAAGCCAAAGGCCCCGGAAGAGAGCAGAACACCGAAUGCAACAACAUCAGCAGCAGAGCAAGACUCUGAUUCCGAAAGAGAGCUGGUGAUUGACCUCGGAGAUGAACACGGAGGCCGUGACUCGAAGAGGUCAAGAAAAGACACGGGUAGCUCUUCUACCAAAACCUCUAAAGAGGCCAAUACUGUCAAAUCGGAGGGAAAAGUAACCAAUUCCACUACGGCAACUGCACCAGCUGCUUCCACCCCGAAAGAUGGCGUGCAGUCUUCCUCGGGUGCUCUCAACGCCAUUCCCACUUCCGCAUCUGGUCCGCCCAGUGCUGCCUCAACCACCAGCAGCACUUCCAGCACUCCCUCUGCCUCUGUUGCGUCAACCUCGCCAGCAGUGAAGAAACAGCGCCCCCUGUUGCCCAAAGACACAUUUUUGCAGCGAGCAGUGGUUUGGAAUCCUACCAAAGUGCAGACUUCCUCUCAGAAAAGUCACGUCCAGAAGCAGCAACAGGCAGAGCAGUCGACUGCACAGUCGCAAGGGCAGGUGCAGACCCAAAGUCAGUCUCAGCAGAAUUCUUCGAGUACACGCUACCAGACCAGACAAGCAGCCAAAGUUCAAUCGAAAGAUUCUCCUCAGAGUGCUGGCUCAUCUUCUUACUUGUCGGGAGACUUGCCAAUCCCGACUGCUUCUGCAGAUGUAGCUGCGGACAUAGCCAGAUACACAAACAAAAUUAUGGACUCAAUAAAAGGAACGAUGACUGAAAUCUACAACGACCUUUCGAAAAGCACUACAGGAAAUACAAUCGCAGAGAUUCGACGGCUGAGGAUAGAGAUUGAGAAACUUCAGUGGUUGCAUCAACAAGAGCUGUCUGAGAUGAAGCACAAUCUUGAACUAACAAUGGCGGAGAUGAGGCAAAGUCUGGAGCAGGAGAGAGAAAGGCUGAUAGCGGAGGUGAAAAAGCAGAUGGAAUUAGAAAAGCAGCAAGCUGUGGAUGAGACGAAAAAAAAGCAGUGGUGCGCCAACUGCAGAAAGGAGGCCAUCUUCUAUUGUUGUUGGAACACCAGUUACUGCGAUUACCCUUGCCAGCAAGCCCACUGGCCGGAACACAUGAAAUCCUGCACGCAGUCAGCUUCAGCUUCACAACAAGAACCAGAAGUUGAGCCCAACCCAGACACUUUGGGCAAAUCCACAAGCAAUUCCCCGGCCACACAAACUCUGACUGCCCCAACAGGGACAGCCAUACCCUCCUCAUCAUCAUCCAUAUCCGACAAAAGCAGCUCUCCCACAUAUAUUGAUAAGAACAAGGACAGUGCUGGUGUUACUGUGACAUAACUGUCACUCCACAUUGAGGCAUGUAUUUCAAGGCUGCUGCGGACCGUGCUAUGUCACACUUGGCGCUUCAAUGUCUGCUCCGUGAUAGUUUUGGUUCCCAUUCUAAUUUCAAGGUCCUUGCUGAUUUGUCAUUAUUGUGACAUAAUUUGGUUCUAACAAAACAAAAGUGAUUGUCUAUGUUUCUAUACUGCGGUUUUGUUAUCAAAAUGUUACUACUUAAUUUCCUGUCCAAACAAGAUGGUAACUAACUGCAGUAUCUUUGUUACACUAACAUGGUUCAUUGCUGCUCGGAAAUGCUUAAAGGCUGUAUUUUUUGUUUUGUUUCGUUCAUCAUCACACCAUGUGAGAUGCCGAAACAGCCAUGAAUAGUUGAUUCUCAAUUACCAUGGUUGCAUCAGUUUUCUGGGGUUUGUAACCUUUUUUUAAAAUCAUUUCCUUUUUAUGUCAGUGGUAUUUUUUUCAUUCCACAUUGUACAGGUCUAAAAAAAAAAAAAACUGUGUGAUUUAUGAAAAAGAUCUAAAACAUUUAAAUGUAAAAAGUUUUUGUAAGAAGAUACACAAACAAUAUUUAUUAUGUUUUAUAGUAUGUUUUGAUGCAAUCACAUUUUUAUGUGUCGAACUUUUAUUUGACCUAAAAUAUUCAUGAAUGUCAGUACUGGGUGAAGUCUGUUAAACUGUAUUUCCAAAGUUAAAGUUAAUUCCGGUCAGACUGUUUGAAAUGUGUAUACUUGAAUAGAAACUAUGUUUUGGCUGGUUAUGAUUACACGAGCAUGUCCAAUUUUUGUUUGUGUCGUUCUUGUUUACAUAUUGUAAAUACAGUAAAAUGACUCGUGAAGAAAAUAAACAUGUUCUCGAUA